AUGGCUUCUCGAGAGUCCCCGGGGUCCCCUCUUUCGUCGAUCGGCACCGCGGACGAGUCGGAUCGCGAGUCCGUCAAGCAAGAGAGCCGCGCUCAGUCGCCCUCGGCCUCAAACCUGCCUCCAUCAAAGCGGCGCCGUACCGGAGUAGCCUCCUGGGAUCGUCAUACUCCCCUUUCCUCCCUCCAGGAUGAGAUUCCUCCUCCGCCCUCACCCACAGCAUCCAUCUCCUCCGAUACCUCUGGCGAUGUGCCGAACUCGCCUAGCCUCAUAGGCUUGCUUGGGAACAAUCAGGAUGAUGAUUACAGUGGUCAAACAGGCGAUCAGGUCACCGUUUGCCGCUGGGAUGGAUGCUCUGUUGGAGAUCUGGGGAAUAUGGAUGGACUGGUGCAACAUAUCCACAAUGAUCACAUCGGAAGCCGACAGAAGCGGUACUCGUGCGAGUGGACCGAUUGUUCCCGCAAAGGCCAAACGCAUGCCAGUGCAUAUGCAUUGCGUGCGCACAUGAGGAGCCAUACUCGAGAGAAGCCUUUCUAUUGCACUCUACCAGAGUGUGACCGCAACUUCACCCGCUCGGAUGCCCUCACCAAACACAUGCGCUCUGUGCACGAGACCGACACCUUGCGCUCAUUGGAAUCCAAGACUGGAGGAAUCGCUAGUGUCACCGGAACCCCCGCCUCGAAACUACAGCGCAUUCGCCUCAAGCUCUCCCACCCUGCCAAAGAGCCUGGCAGCGAGCCCGAGCAGACCAACGACCUCGUUUUAUCUACCACUGGUACCGAUGAUGCCGAAGACCUCGCCAUGCCCGAAUUUGGACCCGAACUCGGUUUCGACGAGCAUGAGCUUGCUAUGAACCCGCGGGACCUGUAUCGUCUCCUACGACGUCAGAUUUUCUGGGCCGAAAAGGAUGCCGCACAGCUCAAGGCAGAGUGGGACGAGAUACGCCCAAAGCGUGAGCACUCUUGGCUUGAGAAAGAAGCCAUUUUCGACGAUCUUAUCGAUGGCGAGUUGCGACUUUUCAGCGCUAUUGUUGGCGCCUCGGAGAUCGGUGGGCCCGUGGCACAACCGCGAAACCUAGCAACAAACCUGGAAAAGCUCCAGCGCCACCAAGUACAGUUCAAAAAGCAACAAGAUGAGCUGCUGGCGAAGUCUAAUGAUGCAGGGGAGACCGAGGCAGCCUAA